AUGGCACAAAAAGGAGUUCAGCUGGAUCAGGAAACAUUUUCCUGUUCGAUCUGUUUGGAUCUACUGAAGGAUCCGGUGACUAUUCCCUGUGGACACAGCUACUGUAUGAGCUGUAUUAAAAACCACUGGGAUGGAGAAGAUAUGAAGAACAUCCACAGCUGCCCUCAGUGCAGACAGAUCUUCAUACCCAGGCCUGUCCUGGUCAAAAGCACCAUGUUGGCAGAUUUAGUGGAACAGCUGAAGAAGACUGGACUUGAACCUGCUGCUGCUGAUCACUGCUACACUGGAGCUGAAGAUGUGGUCUGUGAUGUGUGCACUGGGAGGAAACUGAAAGCUGUCAAGUCCUGUCUGGUGUGUUUGGUCUCCUACUGCCACAAACACCUUCAGCCUCAUUAUGAUGUACCUCAGUUAAAGAAACACAAGCUGGUGGAUCCGUCGGAGAAGCUCCAGGAGAACGUCUGCUCUCGUCAUGAUGAGGUGAUGAAGAUGUUCUGCCGCACUGAUCAUCAGUGUAUCUGUUAUCUGUGCUCUGUGGAUGAACACAAAGGCCACGACACAGUCUCAUCUGCAGCAGAAAGGACUGAGAGGCAGACAGAGCUGGAGGUGAGUCGACAGAAAAUCCAGCAGAGAAUCAAAGACAAACAGAAAGAUGUGAAGGUGCUUCAACAAGAGGUGAAGACCAUCAGUCGCUGUGCUGAUGAAGCAGUGGAGAAGAACCACAAGAUCCUGACUGAGCUGAUCCAACUCAUGGAGGAAAGAAGGCGUGAUGUGGAACGGCAGAUCAGAUCCAAGGAGGAAACUGAAGUGAGUCGAGUCAAAGAGCUGGAGUCGAAGCUGGAGCAGGAGAUCACUGAGCUGAGGAGGAAAGAUGCUGAGAUGGACAAACUGUCACACACACAUGACCACAUCCAGUUUUUACUCCAGUAUUCAUCAGUGUCCAAACUCAGAGAAGAUCCAGACUCAUCCAACAUCCACAUCCGUCCUUUGAACUACUUUAAGGAUGUGACGACAGCUGUGUCAGAGCUCAGAGAUAAACUACAGCACAGUCUGACAGAGGAAUGGACUAACAUCUCUCUGACCAUCACUCAAACACAGGUUCUACUGAUUAAAGCUGAACCACAGACCAGAGCAGAAUUCUUGCGAUAUUCCCGUAACAUCACACUGGAUCCAAACACAGUGAACCAUUGGCUGUCACUGUCUGAGGAGAAUAAAAGAGUAACAGUUAUGAGUCAAGUACAGAACUAUCCUCAUCAUCCAGACAGAUUCAGUAACCGGUUUCAGGUCCUGAGCAGAGAGAGUCUGACUGGUCGAUGUUACUGGGAGGUGGAGUGGAGUGGGGAGUACGUUGUAGCCGCAGUCGCAUACAAGGACAUUAAGAGAGAAGGAUCCUCAAAUGACUGUGGAUUUGGAAACAAUGAUCAGUCUUGGGCUUUAUAUUAUGACAGUUUCAUUCCUGUAUUUUAUUAUAAUGGUGUAGAGUCUCCUGUCCCAGGCCCAGUUUCGUCCAGGAUUGGAGUGUACCUGGAUCACACAGCAGGUAUUCUGUCCUUCUACAGCGUCUCUGAAACCAUGACUCUGAUCCACAGAGUCCAGACCACAUUCACUGAACCUCUGUACGCUGGACUUGAGCUGUACUCAGAGGGAGACACUGCACAAUUUUCUAACCUCAAGUAA